AUGGCGUCGUCGUCGUUCGUCACUGGAUGGUCGUCGUCCCUCUGCGUCGCCCACAGAUGCUCUGUUUUGCUCCGCUCGUCCGCGUUGCCUCACUGCGCCUCGCGGUGCCUUGCCUUGAAUUGCCGCUCUUCGACUCCGUUUUGCUGUCUGGACUGGUUCUGCAACAACAGAAAUAAGAAAAGAGGUGAGAUUGGAGAUAAGAUCAUUGUCAUAGAGGCAUACAGGACUCUCAGAGAUCGUGGUCUCUAUCCUGCUGCUCAGGUCGUGAGAGAUUUCCAAGGCAAAUUUGCGUUUAUUCCAUUUUACAGUGGUUCUAAAACCGUGUUUAUUGCUGCAGAUGCUGAUGGGUGUGUUUCCUUUUUUUGGGGAGCUGAUGCUGAUGAAAAUCUUAUUCUUGCAGAUGAGAAAAAGGUUGUAACUAAGAGCUGUGGGACAUCUUCUGCACCAUUUCCUAAAAGAUUCUUCUUUACAACAUCUGGAGGUUUGAGCAAUUUUGAGCAUCCACUUAAUGAGGUGAAGUCUGUUCCAAGAGUUGACAGUUCUGGUCAGGUGUGUGGUGCAACUUUCAAAGUGGAUGAGGCUAAGAAGGAAUCAACUGGCAUGUCAAGGGUUGGGAGUGCUGCUAACUGGUCGAAUAAUAUCUAA